GGAAAGGGAAAGGGAAAGGAAAGACAAAUAACUGACCCCAGCUGUCCCGCAGCCUCCGCGCUCCGGGCAGCUCCGGGGCCCCUUUCCGGGUGCCGCCCCGGGGCGGGACCGGUGGCGCCGAGGCCGGGCGGGCAGGUAAAAUACUUGUUUUGUGGGACCUGCUGUUCACAUCGCCAGUAAGUGAAGUGCCCUCAAUCAGGGAGAAAAAAAAAAGCACGAAGAUGGAGGAGGCAGAAGAUGAUGACAUGACAUGUGGAGACUUGGGAAAUGGACUUGGCAGAAGGCCUGGAGGUGUUUACGAAGGGGGAAAUUUACAAAACACUUACUCGUUUAGGUCUAGGAAGGGAUCUGGAAAGGUUUGUAGUUCUCUCUUGUCAGCAAAGAGAGUGGAAGAGGGUGAUGCUGCAGCUCUUCCCGGCUCAAAGCGAAACAGUUUAAACAACGGAUCGUCCAAAAAGCCUGUUGCUAGUUCCGCCCGACAGUAUAGCUGCGAAUCUACUACUGAAGUGUCGAAUGAGGAACUAAAGCAACAACUUCAGGAAGCUCUACAGGAAGUUGAAGUUUUGAAAGUUGAGCUUGAAGCGUCUCAAAGGCAACUUGAAGGAAAAGAUGAAGCCCUAAGAAUUCUGCAGAGCAUGGCAGUAUUUGAUAAAGCUACUAGUCAUACGAAAGCAAUGCUUCAAAAAACUGAGGAAGAAAAGAGAACUUUAGAAAAGGAAAUAAAUAUUUUACAAUGGGAAAUUGAGUUUGAUCAGGAUCGAUUUAAAAACAUAGAAGACACAUGGACAGAAAAGUAUGACAGAGCCACCCCCAGCCCAGAUAACCAGCAGUGGCUCCGCAGAACCCAGCCUGGCGUGUCCUGCUUUCUGAGCCCUGGUUCUGUGCCAGUCAGACCAAGCCUGCACACAGGACUUCCUGCAGAGAGGAUAUAUUGUGAAAAUGCAGCUCUUAAGGAAGCAUUGAAACUAAGAACAGAAGAAGUUAAAACUCUUAAAGCUGAAAAUGCAAUCCUGAAUCAGCAGUGCUUGGAAUUUCUUGCAAUGCUAGAUGUGAAACAACAGAAGGUUGUUCAGGAAAACAUGUCCUUGAAUAAAAGUGACAUUACAGAUUUUACAGGCCUUGAACUGGCGGUUCUUGGAGCCUGCACCUGCAAAACUUCUGGAGGGCAGCCUUGUCCCUGUGCUAAAAUGGCAGCUGUAACUCGGAAGCAACUUCUUCAUCUCAAGCAAGAGAUUGAAAAUCUGAAAAAGAGUAAAGAAGAAGCUUACAUAAUGGCAGAUGCUUUCAGAAUUGCAUUUGAGCAGCAGCUAAUGCAGAGGAAGGACCAAGCCCUGAGGCUUGCAGAAGUGAUAAAGAUUAAGAAGGAAAUGAAAUUUAUAAACUGGAGACGUCUGAAAGAUGAAGGACAUGUCAAGUUACCGGGGAACAAGAACAGUCUGGGGCAAAAACUGUCUGGACUCCUCUCGUCAGACGGGGACUGCAGGAAAGUGAAAGAGUUGGACAAUCCCCAUGAGAUCCUGAAGAUGUUAAUAGAUUUGGUAAAUGACAAAGAGGAGGCUCUGGCUCAUCAAAGAAAGGUGAGUUACAUGCUGGCUCGCGCAAUGGAGGCAAAAGAGGAUGUUUUGGAACAGGAUAAAGGACAUGUCAUGCUGGGGAGUUGUCAGGACAAAACCCCAGAGUCAUCGGGCCCCGUCCGCACCAGCUGCCAAAACCCCCAUUCUCAGAGCCGGAAUUCUUCAGUUCCCAGUGCAGAAACACUUGAAAAUCCGGUAAAAAUGCUCCGAAAAUCACACUCCUGGCCAUCUGAGAUGACACACUAUGAAGAAAAUAAUCCUCGUGGAAAAGUGGAUGAGACUGUAGUGAUCUCUGUAUAGUUGUCUGCUGGAAUAAAUUUAGUUUUUACAAAGAAA